AAUUUGACAUUGACAGUUGAUAGUGACCAAAAUAUUUGGGGAAUCGCUUAAUCACAUUAAAAUAUUGUUUUUUUCUGCUUCAAAUUAUAUCUUUUUCCAAUAAACAAUCAUGAGGCGUCGAGCAGGAUUAGGUGCCAUACAGAAACAUAAACUGGAACAAGAAAAAUACCGGGAAAAGGGGUCGGAAAUACAAGAGAAUCAAUUUCAACAGAUGUCUAAACAACUGGAGGUGUUUAGGGAGAACUUGGAAGAAUUCGCGACUAAACAUAAAAGUGAGAUAAAGAAGAAUGCUCAGUUUAGGCGGCAGUUCCAGGAGAUGUGCGCGGCCAUUGGUGUCGACCCAUUGGCGUCAGGAAAAGGAUUCUGGUCUGUAUUAGGAAUUGGAGAUUUCUACUAUGAAAUAGGAGUGCAAAUAGUAGAAGUUUGCUUAGCAACAAACUACAAGAACGGUGGACUCAUCACUUUGGAGGAGCUUAGGACAAGGCUGAUAGCAGCCAGAGGCAGAGCGAAGAUACACCAGGAAAUUACUAAUGAGGACCUAUUGGCUGCUGUUAAGAAACUAAGAAUAUUUGGAAAUGGUUUCACAGUAGUGCCAAUAAGCAAAGGCAAGUGGUUGGUUCAGUCAGUGCCUGGUGAACUGAACCUUGAUCAAACACUGGUGUUGCAGAAAGCAAGCGCCUUGGGCACUGCAUGGGUGUCUCUUAGUAUUCUCACUGAUGAUUUAGGUUGGAAUGAGACAAGAGCACAGAAUGCAUUGAACCACAUGGUGAAAGAAGGUCUAGCUUGGGUGGACAGCCAGGAUACCAAGGAGACUUUAUACUGGUUCCCCAGUAUGUUCUCCCAAUGUGUUGAAGCGUGAACUACCAAUUUAAGUCUUAUUGUCAAGUGAUAAAAGUUAUAUUGUAAUGUAAUCUAUAUUUAUGUUGAAAAUAUACACAUUGAACAAA